AUGAUCUACGAUAUCGAAAACGUCGAUCCGACCCUAUUCCCCGAUUUCCACAAGGCCAAACGCUUCACGAUCUACCAGGAACCAGGUUAUACACUCUUUGUCCCCUCAGGAUGGUGGCAUCAAGUCCAUAACAUUGGCGACACAAUCUCGAUCAAUCAUAACUGGUGCAACGGGUCCAACCUCGACCUCUUGGUCGAAUCCAUGACCUCGGACCUGAAGGAGGUCGAACGGGAGAUUGAACAUUUGAAAGAUAUGAUGGAUCAAGAUGAAUGGAUUGAGACGUGCCAGAAGUUACUGCUGUUGAACAGUGGUUGGGAUUGGAGUACGCUUUGGAACAUGUGCAGCACUGUACGGGAGCGCGUCAGGAGGCAGCAGUUGGGCGAAGAGGUGGCAGUGGCGACGGCAGUUGGCACGGUUCUGAAGGAUGGAGUUGAUGUAAAGAGGAUCGCUCCAAGUUUCCCGCCACCUCUGAUAUCACAACAGCCUCCUCUUGAGCUGACAUUACAAAGGGUGGAUGCAGUCCUGGAUUUUAUCCGUAGUGACCCAUCCGCAGUAUGGUUUCUUCAGGACGUCAAAGGCUUGAAGCUCCAAUAA